UAGUGGCCAGAUAAACCGCAUUAGUCUGGGUUGCGGUUAUUUUUGGACAUUUUUUUCUUCUGCAUGUACUGUAAAAUUUCCUGUGUGAACACUGAGGUCUAAAAGAAGCCGGCGGUGAUGAGGAGGGACGGCUGCACCGGCUCAUCCUGCUGUAGUAGUUGUUUUUUCCCCCCUUUGUGCUCUCUUUGUCUUUCACAUGAAGCAGCUCCAUGGAGAAAUACUCACUUCUCGAAGUGAUCGGUGAAGGCUCGUUUGGCCGGGCUGUGUUAGUCCGCUGUAAAAGCAGUCAGGAAAAAUAUGUGGUCAAGGAGAUUCAGCUGCCAAAGAAUCAGUCCAAACUGGAGAGUUCCAGGAGGGAAGCCAUCCUGCUGUCCAGGAUGAAGCAUCCUAAUAUUGUGGCUUUCAGGGAGGCAUUCGAGGCUGAUGACCUCCUGUGCAUUGUUAUGGAGUACUGCAGCGGAGGAGAUCUGCUCCAGAGGAUUAAGCAACAGAAGUCCCAUCAGUUCAGCCUUGAUAAUAUCCUGAAGUGGUUUGCUGAAAUGUGCACAGGCGCAAAGCACAUCCACGAUCAGCGGGUUCUGCACAGAGACCUGAAAUCCAAGAACAUUUUCCUGACAGAUGAUGGGACAGUCAAGCUCGGAGACUUUGGCUCUGCGUGUGUCCUGAACAGCUCGAAGGCUUACGCCCGGGCAUAUGUUGGGACUCCGUAUUACGUGGCACCAGAAAUCUGGGACAACAAGCCAUACAACAAUAAGAGCGAUGUGUGGUCUCUAGGCUGCGUUCUGUACGAGCUCUGCACCCUGCGACACCCGUUCCAGGCAUCCAGCUGGAAGAGCCUGAUCCUUAAGGUGUGCCGGGGUGCAUACCCUCCCCUCCCCAGCCACCUUCCCUAUGAGCUGCAGUACUUGGUCAAGCAGAUGUUCAAGACAAACCCAAAAGACAGACCGUCCCUGCACACCAUCCUGACCUCUCACAGGGUUUCCAGACUCCUGCGUGCACACCUGCCCUCCCAGGCCUUAGAGUCGGAGGAACAGGCGAGGCGUACGGGUCGGUGGAACAGAGAGGAUGGGAAGAAGGUGGCUCAUCUUCUGGGAGAGAAGAGCUUAAUGAAAACAUCAACAUCUGAAGGUAUGGAGCUACCGAAAAGCUGCUGUGAAAGCGGAGCGCCUCGAAAGCAGUGGUCUACUGAGCCACCAGACACCGUGCUGCAGGUUUUAGCUAAUGCCAGUCUGGUUUCAUCUCACAGCACAACUCGCCAGACCUUCACCGGUUCUACUCAUGAAGGGGAGCCGGAGGACAGCGGGCAGAGACGACGAUGGGAAAGGAAUCCUCCCGAGAGGCUUCUGAGUCUGCUGGAGAAGGCCCAGCUGAGCAGAGCCUCCAGCACCUUCAUAAUAAACAGAGGUGAAGACCCUCUGGUGGGACCCCUCUCCCAUCCUCAGGGCGAUGACACCGACGGCCCCGAACGAGAAGCGGUUGUAGACGAGUACCGACUGCAGCCGCGCUCCGAUGACGAAGACACGGACUUUGAAGAGGAGUCUCCCUGUGACUGGAUGGAUGAAGCUGAGAAAAUGUUUUUGGAACACUAAAGCCUUAUUCCUUCUGAGCCUGCAUCAUCACACUCUUAUUAUUGAUGUUCAGCUCUCCUAAAAACAGUAACUGACACUGGAUGUAUAAAUAAGGUUUUGCUCUUCAAACAGUUAACUUCUGAAUGCCAGCUAACACUUUAACUGCAUUUUGUUCGGCUUAUCAGAAAAUCUCGUGUACAUAAAGGUGUCUGGAAGUUUUGUGUGCUCUGUUUAAUCAGCUGCGUGUGCUUCAGGUUAGCGCCAAUAAACAUUCCCAGAAGUC